AAAACAUGUGGAGUAGUAGUUAAAGAUUGUUUUCGAUAUUCGUAAGAUAUUUUUUAUUUUCGUCGUGGAUUAAUAGCUUAAAUGCAAAGGGUUUGGUGAUUUUUAAGAGCAUAAAAGAUCAAAUAUGUCCAGGGUAACGCGAUCGAGCAGCAAGAAAGCCAAACUUCUUGAAAAUAGUAAAAUCAAUGAAGACAAAGAUCCAAAAUGUGAGGAAGUUCCAGCAGAUAGUUCAGAAGAUGUUAAAAGAUUAGGGGAGAAUGAACCCGAUGUGAUUAGUGAGACUGAAGACGAUGAAGCACCGGAAAGCAUUUCUCUGAGUGCAAGCAAAGAAGCAGCUAUCGCAGAAAUUCACAAAGAAAAAGAAACGGUAGAUUCUUUGAGAGAGAAAGAAAAACAACGAAGAAGAGAAAGAGAUGAGAUCCUUAAACAGCAGAAAGAAUCGCGCAAAGCUCGUGAACUCGUCCGACUACCAGCUGAGAUUCUAGAAAAAGUUACGAAGAAGCAGGAAUUGGAUGCUAAGCAACAGAAAAAUAUUAAGGGAGCUCAUGUUGUGACUCCUAAACAUGUCACCUUUGAUAGUGAUGAUGAUGAUGACAAUAAAGAGGACAAGAACAACAAAGAGGAUGAGAAUAUGACACAAGUCCCAGUCGGUGAAGAACCAAAAGGUCUACAAGUAGUAGUUUUAAACCAAGCAAGUAAAAAUACAAAAAGAGUUAUUGAUUCUGCUAGUGAGUUUCUUAAGAACCAUUUCUAUGGUGAUAGGUUGAAAAGAGUUGAAACUUUGGAUGAUGAGACUCAAAAAAGAAAACAUAAGAAGUUGGAGCCUGCAAUCAAGUUUUCUAAGAAUGCUGGAAAGCGAUAGAUAUUUUUAUUUAGAGGAAGAAUCGUUGCUAUUCAGAAUCCACAAGCUGACCUCAGCUGCUUUGCCAGGGAGAGUUACACAGGGAGAGGGUAUGGAUAAUUCCUGGAAUUUUACAUUCAGAUAUUCUCGUUUUCACUUAAAAAGGAUCAGAGUCAGAAUCAAAAUCAGAAGAAAAUGGAAACCUUCCAAUCCCUGUUUUUUUCAAUCCAAAAAAAUGGAGAAUCCAUAAAUUUCUUCAAUCAGCUGAAUAAAUUUUAUGACAUUUAUAACCAAAUUCUUUCAAGAAUAAACUCUGCCAAUGCUCAAUCAUGCAUCAUCCCUGUACAUUCUUACUAGAAACUUUCCAGUCAGCUGGUAAAACAAUCCAUAUGAGAUUGGAAAUGACAUUGACUUAAGGUAUUAGGAUACGUUUAUGACCACUAUGCGCGCAAACUUAAAUAAAGCGCUGGCUUUAUAGUAUAACACGAACAAAGUAUACAUUUUCUGAAAGCUGAGUAAACAUAGUUUAUGAAGAAAUUUUCAAAAUACGAUUUUUUUUAAAUUGUUGUUCACAUUAUUGCCCUCGAAGCGAAAUUUGACUAUGCCUCAGUGAAAACGUUAACGGACACGUACAUUUUAAGCUAUGUUUGAUAAUAAGCUCAAAAAGGGUGUCCCAGAUUUUUGAUAUCUGUUUUCUAUCUCUCGCUAUUUUUGAUCAAAGUUCAGCGAUCGCUUUUGGAGUGUUGUUUACAGUAAAAAGUGUCAUAACUUUGGAAAGAAAUUAAAUUUCAAAAUUCGGAGACACCCUUUUUUGGAUCAUGAGUUAUUUUAUAAACUCUCCAAAUUUUGAAAAGAUUGAAUGAAAUCCAAGGGACUCUUAGCUCUUUGAAGUUGAGGUUUUAGCGGCAAAAAAGAUUCGAGAAAAACACAUUUCUUUGUUUGGAGCCGGAAGCUGCAGGGAGCCACGAUGGUGUUGGCCAAAACACCUUGAGCCUUCCAUUUUGUCAUCACUUUUCAAAUUAUCUGGCGUUCUGGACAAUCGCAAUGUAGGAUCUUUUUACACAGGGCUCAAAAUAGCGGCCUGCCAAUGGCCAAAUGACAGGACAAAUUUCAUGCUUGCCAGGCGAAAAUAGGGAUGCACUGCCAAAUGAAUAAUAAAAUGACAUGCAAAAUUUACUGGAAUGACCUCCUUUUACCAUGCUCCUUUACUAUGGCAGGCUAAAAAAAGUUUUCUAUUUAGAGCCCUGUUACAAUGACAAAGGAGCAUGACAGAUGUGCAUAUAUUAAGCGACGGUACAUUUCCGGUCUUGAUAAAGUCAGGAUUUCGAUUUUUCUCAAAAUUUUGGCUUUUCCAAUCAAAAAUUGCAAGAAGUUUCACAAACAUAUGAAAGAUAAAAGUUUAAAAUUACGAAAUUWAAAAAAAAAAUUUUUUUCCAAGCAAUUCGUCAUUUUUCGUAUCCUAAUACCUUAAUAGCAACUGGUGGUAAAAGUCAACACUGCUUUUGAUCCUGAUCGAACAGUUCUAAGCCAUCAGUAAAGAAUCAAAUAACAUUGAUUUCUUUCAAGGGAUGCCUGAUCUAGACUUGAGCUUUUCAUGGAUUUCUGCCCCGGGUCGUCCUUCGCGAAUUUGCAAGAUGUGAUCCCAUUGGAGGGCACACGUGUAGAACAAUAGAAAACAAUGACCUUUCCCCAACCAAUCACAGGGGAUGUUGCAAAUUUGUGAAGCCUAACCCAUUUCUGCAGGGCACCCUCGAAAAUAGGAGUUAGUUUAGAAAAGUAUGCUAAAAAUAACUAUAUAGCGAUAUUUUUGAGGCAUGCAUGUACAUGUAGUAGGAAGAUAGUAAGGAGGUUCUGGGGUAAAUAUUAAAAUAAAGUUUGUUGUCAGGUGCAA